AUGGCAGGGGAAACGAAGAACAAGUACGAUCGUCAGCUCAGGUACGUCUGUCCUUGGUGCUAUCUUCUCGGAGUUUCCUCUGAAAUUCAGGCCCUUGUUCCCAUGGUUUGCGGAGGACGAAUGCGCCUCAGUUGGACAUUCCGCAUGGCUCCUCAUCCUCCGCAGCUACCGUCGGAUGCGCUUUCGGGGACGAGAGAGGAUUCCCGAUUGGCUUUUUGGCGAGUCACGGCGUGAUCAGGCGCUUGCUUUCUGGGAAUCGUAUGCGGGUUUUUAGCUAAUCCGGUGGCAUUUACUGCGGACUAGCCUCCUGAAAGGGGAAUAACAGAGAGAGAGAGAGAGAGAGAGGACGUUUGUGGUCGAGACUGUGCCUUGUACUGUUUUGACAUUGGGGGGGAAAAACAGUUUCUAGAGUUUGGCCUCAUGUACUGGUCUAGGCUGAGGCUUUUACUUUUCAAUCAAAAGGGCGAGCAGUCUUUGGGUUGAUUGGGCGACUGAUAUGUUCUUUGCUUGUAAAGUUCCAUCAGAAUUGAUCCUAAUCUGUAGUGUUAUGUCUGGAACUUCAAGCUUGAUCAUUUUCUGCGCAUCCCAUGUAUAGUGACUGUGCGGCAGUUUGUUUUGUCUAGUUCUUGCUUGCUUGGAACUCUGGAAGGAUCUUCCUUUUGAUUGAUGUGCAAGGACAUUCAAAGAUUGCUGAUGGUCAUCGAGUAUAGGGUUCAUAAAUUUUCCUUGUCUGUCAUGCAAGGUUUUGAACAUUAAAAGUUCGUAAUGCUUGUCUGAUUGUUUCUGAUAGGAGUCACAUAUUUCUUAUUUUGAUCGAGUUGAUAAAUUAUUUUUUCAUUGCAUUCAUACAUAAUUCUGUCAACAGAAAGUGAGGAUAGUACAUUAUUUUGUAUUAUUCUAGUCACGUUUUGGGAUGCAUCCUUCCCUUUUCUUUUUACCAUUUAAUGCUUAUUGCACAGGAUUUGGGGCGACCAGGGGCAGGCGGCACUUGAGAAAGCCAAUGUCUGUCUACUCAAUUGUGGCCCUACUGGGAGUGAAACUUUGAAAAACCUUGUUCUUGGUGGUGUUGGAAGUGUCACAAUUGUUGAUGGCUCUAAGGUGGACAUUGGAGAUCUUGGAAACAAUUUCAUGGGUUUGUUUUUGCCAGACUGUUGCUUUUCCAUCUUUUGGCAGUUUGUUUGUUUUAUUCUUCAAUUUAUGCCUGAACGUUUCGUCCUACGUGGCCAGUGAAUAAACAAAGUGUUGGAGAAUCAAAAGCGAAAUUUGUGUGCAAUUUCCUACAAGAGUUGAAUGAUGCUGUUGGAGCUAAGUUUGUGGAGGAAUCUCCUGAGAUGUUGAUUGAAACAAGACCUUCAUUUUUUGCUCAAUUCACUUUGGUGAUAGCAACCCAGGUACAAAUCUCGAUAACAUUUUUAUGUUACAUCAAAAAAUUUAAAGAAAAUUCUUGACAACAUUUUUAUGUUACAUCACAAUUGCUAACUUUUAUACAAGGAUCCACUCUUUAUUUGGAAUGAAGUUUGAACGUAGAGUCAGAAUUUUUUUUCUAUUUUAAAAUGUUGAUUCUAACAGGGGUUAAUGAAGUCUAUGUCCUCUUUGUAUUGUAUGAGAAAAAAUAUACACGUCCCUGCAAACUCAUCCUUUUCUGUAAAUUUACUUUAAAAUAAUUUACAUAAAUUAUACACGAGUGAAUCAAAACUUCAGUAUCUUCAUUCAACUAGAUUUAUAAGAGGGAGGUGUUUUAUAAUUAUAUCUAAGGAUAACAUUGAAACCUUUCUAUCUCAAUCCUAUGUAAAUUCCUUGGUGAAGCCUAAAGGUCCUCGGUUUUAGUUUGUUUCACAUAUUUCAAUUGGGUAUGCCUGUAAUCAAAGUACCCAAUAUCACCAUCGCUAGGCCACCAUUACAGGGCAAAACUUGCAUGCAAGCCAGGCUAUACUCAGGCUGCAAUAUCAACAGCCUCCAAGGUAUACACGAAGCAAUUUGUGUGAAAACCGGUCGUCAUAUUUGGUACUGUAAAAGUGAAGAACUUGAGCUACCAACAUUUCUAUAAUCCAAAAUAAAGGUGAUAAUAAGGGUUUCAUGCACGGAGUACAAUGAGAAAGUGAUAAAGUUGUAUGUAAUUGAGCUCUACAUAUUCCCAGCGUUGUCUGUGUAAUUUCAUCAGAUACUUAAAAGCUAGUUGCUUAAUGGAUGUACAUCAGAUACUCCGAUCACUCUGUUGUCAGAGUGAUGAAUUGCAGGUUUCACCCAAUUCUUCCCUUCACCUUCCCCCUCCAAAAAAAUAAAUCCUCAAUCAACCUAAUGCUUGUCUCAUAUUGGCUUCUAUUUGUUCUGCUUAAAAAUCAUUCUAGUGAUCUACUUUCGUCUCAUGCUAAUGUCUAGAUUUUUCUUCAUUUCUGUGACGCAUUUUUCUUUCAGUUUAUCAGCUUAAAAAAAAUUCUUCUCAGCUGUGACUUCAAUUGGAACUGUUUUUUCCUCUAUUGCAUUUGACCAGCUGGUAGAAAAUCUAUUGGUGAAGUUGGAUAAGAUCUGUAGGCAGGAAAAUGUCAUGCUAGUAGUGGCUCGAUCUUAUGGCCUUACUGGGCUUGUGCGGAUCAGUUUGAAGGUAAUUCCAUAUUUUUGUCGCCAAAAAAGAUUUCAUGUUUGGGUAAGUUUUGUGCUGGAUGAAUAAUGAUAUCCCAUUUGAAUUACUCUCUGCAUGACAGGAGCAUAAUGUAAUAGAAUCAAAACCUGACCAUUUCCUAGAUGAUCUUCGGCUUCACAAUCCGUGGCCUGAACUCAAACAGUAUGUUGAUUUACUUGAGCAAUAGUUAUAUCAGCUUAAACGACAGUCAUGGCUUCACAAUUAUCUUGCGAUUCUGAUGGUGCUGCAGUAUUGUGACAUUCUUUUGAUUACUAAUUUUGUGCAGAUUUGCAAAAGCCAUUGAUCUAAAAGUGGCAGACCCUGUAGUCCAUAAGCAUACACCAUACAUUGUUAUCCUAGUUAUUGCCGCAGAAGAAUGGGCUAGGAUGCAUGGUGGAUGCUUCCCAACAACUAGGGAAGAAAAAAAAGAGUUCAAGGUUAAGCCUAGUCAUGCUUAUAUUUUGGUAUCCUUUGUAUUGUUUGCUUUUGUUGUUGACUUUCUAUUUUUUUCAAAACAGGACCUCAUAAAAUCAUAUAUGAUUGAUUUGGAUGAAGAAAACUAUAAAGAAGCUGUAGAAGCUGCUUUUAAGGUUUCAGCUUCUCUGGGGAUCAGUAAGCUUUUGCUUUCAAUUAUUUCUGAGUUAAAUUAGAUGGCUUAUACAUGAUGAUUACUUCCUUUGAAUGCCCUUACUCUCUAAAAUAUAAUUAUUCUGGUUUCAUAAGCCCUAUAUAUUUAUAUUCCUUACUGUUAACUGUUUGCAUCAUUCAUGUAUGCAACUGAACUAAAAAAUAUUUGUGGCCCUAUGGGAACCAUUUAUCUUAACUAAUAAGGAGUUCAAUUAAGCCAUGAUUUGCAGACUCUGUCCCUUAGGAAGUUCAAUAGGCCGAUUUUAUGUUCAAAAUUGCUAGCAUGAUCUGAUCUUCCUUGGAUCGGUGGAUUCUUGGCUGAUCUGACCUGUUCUUUCUGCUCAAGCUUUACCUGUAUUUUUAAAAUGACAUUUGCCUGGUGCAGGCUCGUUCUAGGACUUCAUCAUGAAUAGUGAUUUUACAGAAAAAAUAAUGAACGUUUUUCGCAAAUUGUAGUUUGGGCUGCAGAUAAAAGGAUAAUUUUUCCCUUUAAAUUCUCUAUUUCCUUAUAAUAAUAUAAUGUAUAUGAAUUUUUUUAGUAUCAGAGAUAUAGUUAUAGGAUGCAUGAAUCUCAUGUAAUGUUCUUAAUCAUUUCAUGAGUUGGUAUGGCGCCUUCAUGCUUGCUACUAGGUCUUCAUGCCAAGUAAAACAUUGCCUUAUCUGAAUGGGUAAAAUGAAGAAGAAUGUUUUCUUGUCAUUUGCUUAUGAGGAAAUAUGUUUUUAUUUCACAGACUUCGAUGAAUGAAGUUAAAAGCUUAUCUCCUAUCAUUUUUUUUCAACCACAGGUUCUCAUCUGCGCCAGAUAGUAAAUGAUAGUUCUUGUGAUGUUGAUUCUUCUUCACCUGACUUUUGGGUCUUAGUAGCGGCUUUAAAGGUGGAUAUAUUUUUGUGUUUUAAUUUUUUUUAAAAAUCCUAUCUCAUUUCAUUUGAUAUGCUACGUCACUAGGUUGAAAGUUUUUUUUUUCUCUUUGUGUAGUAUAUUUGCUAAGAAUCCUUGCUCGUCUAAAAUUUAAUGGUCUGUUGUUGACCAGUGAGAAAAUUUCUAAUGACAUUUGACUUUGUUUUUUCCGUUUCAUAAAAAGUCCCGUAAUAUAUUGAUGAUGUGAGAUUUUAACCCAGGCCUAUUGACGUCAAUAAAUUGGAAUAUAUGGUUUUGUUAUGAAUUUUUUAAAUCACUUAUCAAGUCGAAUACUGCAGUCAUCCUUGAUUUCUCAUAUUCUCGCGUUAAAGAAGUCUUACCUAAGAUUCUGACACUCCCAAUUCCCUUCCCUAAGUUGGCGGUAUCAUGCCUACAGUAUCAACAAAUGAUACUGAUUGAAACAAACGAUAAGAGUAUAUCAGGGAAGGCUUUUCUUGGUAUGCACCUAAGCCCUCAGUAAUCAUAUAAACUUGAUGCUAUUUGCCUUGGAUCACGUCAUAACCCAUCUCGAUUUAGUGCUGGCUUGUUUCAUUAGGUUUUAUCCAUAUGCUUCAUCAUUAUAGCCUACAGAGGUCUUGGACGUGCUGAUAAGGGCCAACUCAGUAUCCUAUUCACCUAGCAUGUUCUCCUUUGAUGUUUUCGAUCAUGGAAUUGAUGUUACCCAUAGGGUAACUGUUAAUGAUUUUUAUUUAUUUACUACAAGGCAGUAGUUGGAGAACAAGAAUGGUUGCACAUUGGUUGAACUGCUAAAUUUGAUGCAACAUAUUUGAUGCAAAUUGGGAGAACAAGUUUCUGUUAGUAGAUGUUUUUUAAGGUUCUGUCGCUGGUCUUUGUUUCUUUUUUCUUUUACACUUUUGUUUUGCAGUAUAAAUCAACCCAGCAACAUAUUAUUUCUUUUAACUUAUUCAGGAGUUCGUUGAGAAUGAAGGUGGAGGGGAACCACCUCUUGAGGGUUCAAUUCCGGAUAUGACAUCUUUAACAGAGUUAGUGAUUACGUUUGUGAAUAUUUAGGCUGUCAUUAGAUCCGGUGUAAUAUACUUCCAUCUGUAUGGUUUGACAUUUUCCCUGCAACAGGUACUAUAUAAAUCUGCAAAAGAUCUACCAAGCUAAGGCGGAGGCUGACUGCCUUGCAAUGGAACACCGUGUGAGGACUAUACUAAAGAGAAUAGGAAGAGAUCCUGAUGCCAUUUCAAAGGCAGACAUAAAGAACUUCUGCAAAAAUGCAAGGAAGCUUUAUGUAAGUGAAAGGCCUCCAUCUUAAUGGCACCAUUUCUGAACCGAACUCUAUUCUAUUAGGUUAUCAGAUAACUCUAUUCUGGCUCAGCCUCAGCUAAUUGGCACACCUUAGUGUGCCCAGAUAGCUGCUCUGAGAUUCUUAGGCUCCCUUUAAUGAACAGCUGUGCACUUUCUCUAACAUGAGGAAAGGAUGAGAGUCCUUGCACCGCUAUAAUUUACCCUUUUCUUCCGCUUUUUCGAAGUUCAGCUCGUGGCAGAAGUUCCCUGUCAUUUCCUCUUAACUCCAGGAUAGGUCUAGGCUCAGUUCAAUGAUGCCCAGACUAUGGAAUAGUGGACCUCCAUUACCUAUGACAAGGAUACGUCUAGAGGGCCUUUAAGUUCUUCUUCCGGCAAGUUUGCUAAAAUUACGUUGAUGAUGGCUGGAAUUCCUCUCAGAGUUCCAAACUGCCUGGCUACUUAAUUUCAAAGCAUUGACUAUUUGAUAUCUCUAAAGGUUUGUAAUGAUAUUCUCAUGGUACUGGUGUACCUUGAAGUGCUAUUUUUGCUAAACCAUGAUAUAAAUAUUAGGUUCGGAAUAUAUAUCUUCCUUUAAUUGGAACUUUUUUUUUGUGAUGUCUCAGACUGUCAUAUUACUGGUUGGUUGUUCAGGUGAUCAGAUACCGCACCAUUGAGGAUGAGUUCAGUUCUCCUGUUCCACCAGAAUUACAGAAAUAUUUGACAGACGAGGAUUUCAGGUUAGUCAUUUCGAUUUCUGUUUCUAAAUGCUAAUGAUCAUGGAAUCGGACUAAAUGUGAAAGAAGAAUGAUAAGAGGUACUGUUACUUGCCUGAACAGUGGGGGGUUAGGUGGAGGAGGGCUGUAACAAGUUCUUUUUAGUUCUUAUGGAAUUAACAGUGCUAGACAGAGCCCCUUUGGUAAUGAUCAGUUAUAAUCAAGUAAUCUGGAUUCGAAAUUGCUCGACUGUCAAAUUCAUUAAAUUCUGUCUCGGUCUGGCUUGUAAGAUGAACUUUAUGAAUCUUUCUAUGUUUUCCGAACCCGAUUAGGAGUUUGCUCCAGGAACAAGGAAACCAUUAGACUUAAGGAAACCAUCUAUGUUUCUCAAGCCCCAUUGCGGGUUCAUCUCAGCAACUAGGAACCCUGUUAUCUCUGUUUUCCUAGAAAUUUCAUAUGAUGUAAUUCAUAAGGGAUCCAUCUCUGGUUGUCAGGACCAAUCGCAAGAUCAGCCAUUGGAAACCCACUGACAAUAAUUUCCUAGAAAUUUGAUUUGAUAAAAUCUUAGGGGAACCCAUUAAUAUUAACCUCCGAGAAGUUUGUGACGUUGACUUAGGGAAUUCAUAUAUGCUUCCCAAGCCCAAUAGAUCACUUGAGCAAUAGGAAAACCAUCAAGACUAAUCUUCAAUAAAUUUGAUGUAAUAUCCAUCAAUUGUUCCCUACCCUAAUCAGAAAUUUUCUUCAGGGGCAGAUUAUUGAUACUCUCCUCCUUCUAUUCUAAAUUAGGCUCUGUCAGUUGCUAGACCAUCUCCAAGCCAAGGUUUUUUCAUAAGCGUUUCUUACUCUUUCAGCUUUGCUGCCGGAUUUUACGUCCUCUUCCGAGCCGUCGACCGGUUCGCUGCCAACUACAACAGAUUCCCGGGGGUCUUCGAUAGGUAUGCCGACAAAUGCCCUUCACUCCCCCUUCCCACCCCCACUAUUCUCACCCUCCUUUCUGAUCCAUCCUGCUGAGUUGCUUAAUUUAGCUAUAGUGUCUGCAACAGCGACAUGGACGAGGAUGUUGCCCGUCUAAAGGCCAUCGCCAUCGCCAUAUUGACUGAGGUAGGCUGCCACGCGUCAGCCCUCCAGGAGGAUCUGAUCACUGAGAUGUGCCGAUUUGGCGCAGCAGAGAUCCACGCCGUCGCCGCAUAUGUGGGCGGCGUUGCCUCUCAGGAAGUCAUCAAGGUUCUAUCUCAUUCUCAUCUUAAGCUUUCUCCCUUUCAUGCUUAGGUACAUAUACUAUGCGUAAAUAUAUGUGGGUAAUUUUUUUUCUAUGUGAUCAUAAACUGCCCGCAUAGCAAUUUUUAUGUGGGUAAUUUUUUUUUUUAUGUGAUGUUGUGAUUGAUCUCGUGGACUUUUGCAGCUCAUCACCCGGCAGUUUGUGCCCAUGUCGGGCACUUUCAUCUUCAACGGCAUAGACAACAAGUCCCAGCUGCUGGCGUUGUAG